AUGGAUUUUUACUUCAGUGAAAUUUGUUAGAUUUUGCGCAUCUACUGCACAUUUAAUAAAAUGUCAAACAAGCCUGCAAUGAAACUGAUAUAAAACUGAAUGCUACAUAUUGGUGUGGAGGACCUCUUAGAGCAGUGAUGUAAACAUGUCAAGAUUUAAACUAGUGUAAAUUUUCUUGUGUGACGUUGCUCCUGAGCACCAGGAUGACAGGUCACCUUAAAGAGCUACCCCACCUCUCUAGCAGCAAUCUCAGGAUAUUUUUCUUCAUGUGUGAACUCCCCUCUAGUGAACACCAGCUCUGAACGUGACCCUAACAUUCCUUACAUAUAUCCUUUGGAAAAUCACUGCACUUUCUGUAGGAAGCCCACCUGCAAGUGGGAGAACAAUGCUGCUGAAGUGAAGCAGGGAGGAGAGGCCUCGGUGGAAGUGUUCGCCGGCUUUUCCUUUGCACUUGGCUCUGUUCCACUGUUGUCCUCUUGUUUGUUUCUCCACAUCAAGUGUUCAGAGAUAAUGACCUUUUAGCAGCGUUAACCAGCUAAAUGAGGCCCCUGAGAGGCUCUUGGAAGAAAAACAGAAGUCCCAUGGAAGUCUAGCCCCUUUCUUCCACUUCUUUUUAUAAAUGUGGAGGAGAAGGGCUGCUCCUCUGGCUGAAUAGGGUCCUCUCAGUUUGGCUGGAGUGUAGCGGACUGAUGGCACACUGAAUUGAUUUUUUCUGGAUUAUUCUAAUCAGAGGUGGACGUUGAAGGACGAGUGCGUCUGGUGAUGGAGAGUGCACUGACAGCCCGGGACCGGGUCGGGGUGCAGGACUUUGUUCUGCUGGAAAACUACAACAGCGAAGCAGCUUUCAUUGAGAACUUGAGGCGACGCUUCAGGGAAAACCUCAUCUAUACGUAUAUCGGGUCAGUGUUGGUGUCGGUGAAUCCUUACAAAGAGCUGGAGAUUUACUCCAAGCAGCAGAUGGAGCGUUACAGAGGGGUCAGCUUUUAUGAAAUAUCACCUCACAUCUAUGCCGUAUCAGACAACACUUACCGAGCCAUGAGGACCGAGAGGAAGGACCAGUGUAUUCUUAUCUCAGGUGAGAGUGGUGCAGGUAAAACUGAAGCCUCUAAGAAGAUCCUCCUGUACUACGCUGUCACCUGCCCCACUAACCAUCACCUGGUUACCCUUGGCGACCGCCUCCUGCAGUCUAACCCUGUCCUGGAGGCGUUUGGCAAUGCCAAAACACUGAGGAACGACAACUCCAGCCGCUUUGGGAAAUACAUGGAUAUCCAGUUUGACUUUAAGGGAGCACCGAUUGGUGGCCACAUCCUGAACUACCUGCUGGAAAAGUCUCGGGUCGUGCACCAGAACCACGGAGAAAGAAACUUUCACAUCUUCUAUCAGCUCCUCGAUGGAGGCGAAGACGACCUGCUGAACUCACUGAACCUGGAGAGAAACCCUCAGAGCUACAGCUAUCUGGUCAAGGGUAACUGUCCCAGAGUCAGCUCCAUAAAUGACAAGAAUAGUUGGAAAGUUGUGAUGAAGGCUCUUGAUGUGAUUGGCUUCACCCCAGAAGAAGUGCAGAAGUUGCUCAACAUCAUCGCCAGUGUUCUCCAUCUGGGUAACACUCUCUUUGGGGAAGGAGAGGAAGGAGAAACUUAUAUCACCACUGAGACACAGCUAUCAAAUAUUGCAAAGCUGCUGGGUGUUGAUGGCUUGGCCCUGAAGGAGGCACUUACUCACAAGAAACUGACAGCCAAAGGAGAGGAGAUGAUCAGUCCACUGAGUUUUGAGCAGGCUGUCUCGGCCCGUGAUGCUUUAGCCAAGGCUGUGUAUGGUCGGACCUUCAGCUGGCUGGUGGAGAAGAUCAACCAGUCCCUGGCUGUCAAGGAAGAACUCUAUCACAGCAGCAAAGGCUCUUCUGUCAUUGGGCUUCUAGAUAUUUAUGGCUUUGAGGUUCUGCAGUGCAACAGUUUUGAGCAGUUCUGCAUCAACUACUGCAACGAGAAGCUCCAGCAGCUGUUCAUCGAGCUGACACUCAGAUCUGAGCAGGAGGAGUACGAGACAGAAGGGCUUGCAUGGGAGCCAGUGCAAUACUUCGACAACAAGAUCAUUUGUGACCUGAUAGAGGAGAAGCACAAAGGCAUCAUCUCCAUUCUGGACGAGGAGUGUCUGAGACCAGGAGAGACAUGUGAUAUCUCCUUUUUGGAGAAGUUGGAGGACACAGUUGGUGGUCAUCCCCAUUUUGUCACGCACAAGCUGGCAAAUGGAAAAGCACGCAGAGUAAUGAGUCGGGAGGAGUUCCGGCUGCUGCAUUACGCUGGGGAGGUCAACUAUAACGUCAACGGUUUCCUGGACAAGAACAACGAUUUACUGAGCAGGAACCUGAAAGAGGUCGUGUGUCAGUCAGACAACCAGAUCCUAAGUUACUGCUUCCGCAGAGAGGAAGCCAUCGACCAGAAACGUCCAGGGAUGGCUGCUUAUCAGUUCAAAAACAGUUUGAUGAAACUGAUGGAGAUCCUGAUGUCUAAAGAGCCGUCCUACGUGCGUUGCAUCAAACCGAAUGAUGCUAAGCAGCCAGGACGGUUUGAUGAAGUUCUGGUUCGACACCAGGUGAAGUAUUUGGGUCUUAUGGAGAACCUGAGGGUCAGGAGAGCUGGGUUCGCCUACCGCCGUCGCUUUGAAGCGUUCUUGCAGAGGUACAAGCCCCUGUGUCCCGAAACGUGGCCCAACUGGCACGGGAAGCUGGUGGAUGGGGUGUCUGCACUGGUCAGCCAUCUUGGCUACAAAGCAGAGGAGUUCAAACUGGGCAGAUCCAAAAUCUUCAUCCGUUUCCCUAAAACUCUCUUCACUACGGAGGACGCCCUGGAGGCUAAGAAGCCAGAGAUCGCGGUGGUCCUGCAGAAGUCCUGGCGAGGCUACAGAGAGUGGGCCAACUAUCAGCGCAUCAGACAUGCAGUGAUCGUGAUCCAGUCGGCGUGGCGAGGAAUGAAAGCACGCAGGAGGGCGAAACGGCGUCGUCAGGCUGCAGAGUUGAUACGCAGACUCAUAAAAGGCUUCAUCUACCGUCAUGAGGAUUACUGCCCGGAAAACCAGUACUUCCUGGACCAUGUGCGCUACUCCUUCCUCAAAAAGCUGAGUAAAAACCUGCCUACAAGUGUUCUGGACAAAAGCUGGCUGACACCUCCUCCCUCUCUUGUUGAAGCCUCUGAACAUCUGCAGACGCUGCACAUGCGAAACAUGGUCAUCAAGUACUGCAGGAGAGUCCAGCCUGAAUGGAAGAAGCAGAUGAUGCAGAAGGUUGUAGCGAGUGAGAUCUUCAAGGACCAGAAGGACAACUAUCCUCUGAGUGUUGGGAGGCUGUUUUUGGACUCCAGACUCGAACGGGAGCAGAUCAGUCUCAAAGUCCUCCAGACUCUCGGCAGUGAAAAAGUGCAGUAUGGCAUCUCUGUGAUCAAGUAUGACAGAAGGGGCUUCAAGCCUCGAGCCCGUCAGCUGCUCCUCAUGAACUCCUUUGCUGUGCUGGUGGACCGGACCAAGAUCAAGCAGAGGAUUGAUUAUGCUAUUCUGAGAGGCAUCUCAGUGAGCUCCCUAAUGGAUGGGAUGGUUGUUCUGCAUGUGCCGUGUGAGGAUAACAAACAGAAGGGCGACGCUGUCAUACACUGCAGCCACGUGAUCGAGCUGGUGACUAAACUAUCCAUGCUGGCCGGCAAGACCAGCUACGUGAACGUCAGUCCUGGCAGCAUUCGCGUCGCUGUGGCCCGGAACAAAGAAGGAAUAAUUGAUUUCAUCAGGGGUUCGGAGCUGAAGGUGGCCAAAGGCAAACGAGGACAUCUGGUCGUGAUUGCUCCUCGGAUCGCCGCCACCUGAAGAGAACCAGAUCGAUCCUCCCACCCGAGGCACACUGUUUUUGUCAGUGUACAGAAGACAGAAGCAGACCAAAGAAUGCAAAAAUAUACUCCACAAGAAGAACUAUUAACUACCAGUAACUAUUUAAACAUUACAAGCUGGUGAAACAAACUUUUGUUUUGAAAUCGCUUUAUUGUUGGACACGCACACAAAUGUAAAAAUCUCUCUAACACUGUAUCUCCUUACUCCUGGAUAACUUAAGCAAACAACUUUUAAAUAAAUAACAUGUCAAUAAAUAAGUCAAUAAAUAGUAAAUAUUU